CAGGCUCAUUCUUCGAUAGUUUUAUUGGUCGUAUUACCAUGAAAUCGAAAAAUCAGUCCGUCGCUGAGACUGUGAGUUCGUUCUUUAAAAACCUUUUCUGGAUAUGAUAAACUAUUAAACUUAAAACAAUGAUAAGCGUUAUGGAAGUAAAUCUCUCUAAAAAUAAAUCAUUUAUGUUGAACGGUUUUAGUGAAUCAUCUUUAAAAUAUCUACGCUUAAAUAUAAUAAGCUUACUAAGAGUCUUGUAUGUACGUUCCUUGUACUUUUGCUAGCGGUGCUCUCUGUUGCUGCCUACACAAGGUGUAUGUAGCAAUUUGAAAAGUGUAAGCGAGACAACUAUUGACACGGGAUACUUUGUAUACAUCCUCAUACAUAUAAAAUGCUACCCAGCGCGCGAGCGCUCUCGUUGAAGAUUGCGGCGUCGACAUAUUAGAGCAUCUCCAGAAAUUUUUAGAAUCAUGGAUACAGAUACAAAUGAUAUUUUAGAGAUGUCAGUACCUGGCAGUAAUUUAUCUGGAUCACAAUCAGAACUGCAGGAUAUCGCAUCCGCCACUAGUAGUAUUUUGCCAAGAACUGCAUUAAAUCAGCAGAAAGAUGAUAUAAAACAGAAACCAUCAGAAGCUACAACGUCUUUUUCACCAAAAAGCCUAAUCGUGCCGUCAAGCUGCCCCACAACUUCUAUCCUAAACCUUCCUCCACCAACUGCUGGUAUAUCUAUCCAAGCUAGUUCAGAAAUAUGUGAAAUGGAUUCCAUGCCCACAAGACCAUUUGUCAUAACUGAAGCUCAUGAAGAAAUGCAGACAACUAAUGGGGCAACAAUCAAUUCAAGUUCUACAUUAGAUCCUAAUACAUGCGAUUUUGACUCAGACACGGAACUUUCUAUAGUGGCUGCGGCAUCUGUAGUUACAGCAUCAGUCGCCGCCGAUUCAAGAUCGUCGCCCUCUCCAUCUCUCCAAUCUACUUCAUCGCACCUCAAUUGUACUUCCUCGUUGUCGGCUAUUGCGGUGCAUCAUAUCGGAUGCGGUCCUGGCGUUAUUGCUGUCAACUCAAAUGGUCAUAAUAUUAGUAACACAUCAAACAGCAACCAACUGAGUCUAAAUACAAAACAACAAAGGCAGCAAAAGCGUCGACGAGAGCGGGCUCAACGUUUGCAAGCGGAACGUGAUGGUCGCUGUAACUCCAAUUCAUUAAACUCAAUGCAUAUUACUGGGGCUGUAGGAGUCAAUAAUAGCAUUUCUGGAACAUUAAAUGUCACUCACAAUGCUGGUCAGGGAGGUUUGCCGCUACCCAGUAGUGCAGCAUCGUCUUUACCUAUAGUAAAUGGACCAGGGAAUGGCUUGAUAUAUCAUAUCAAUAGCGCUGGAAGUAUGGGCGAAGACAGUAACAAUUCAAACGGAAAUUUUACAAGCAGCAGUAAUGGCAGCAAUAAUCUUUUACCACCAACAGAUAGUAUUGCUUCAUUACUUUUGAAUCCCCCAAAUUCACCAGAAUGUAACUCUGGCCUAAUGGCUACGCCAAGUGAUAGUGAAGGCGAGUCGUUAGAUGAAGACCUUUUAUCAACAUCAUCAUCGUCGACAUUAUUGUUGCCGCGUGACAAACCUCCACCCCGACCACCACCCCCAGUAAGAAGAAAAUUGCCGCGUUCACCAGUUCUCGAGGAGGAGAUUAUUGAUGGAUUUGCCAUAUUGGAAUUCAAAACAUAUGAAGAUCUUGAGUUUGCUAUUAAAUUGGGACAAAAGCGAAAGGAAAAACGGCUUUCCGCACUUGAAGAGCUCACAUGCACUUAUAGCAUAGAAGAAAUGAAAAUUCCAAAAAUUAUCGAUACUGGGCAACCGCAUCCUUUACGUGUCACAACGCUUUCUACAUUGACAGUUGUUGCAAACAACAAUUCAAAAGAAAAUAUCCAAGCAUUCACACGAAUUAAUUCUGAUGUUGGUGCUGCUAAUAUUGGUAGCAACAAUAUUCUUAACACAAAUGGUCCCAUUUCUAAUAACAAUGCUGAGUGCACUACCAACGUGGUUUAUAUGUUACCAUCUGUAAGCGUCAGCACAGAUUCUGAAGCACAAGCGGAACCUGUAGCGUUUUGGCGAACUGAAUAUGAACAGCAAGGUAACAAAAAUAUUACCAAUUGUACUAAAAACAAGAGUAACAGCAUAGUUGAGAAGCAUACUAUAAAUCAACAAGUAAGUCAGUCCGACCAAUCCGCUAAGCCUUCUAGUGAUGAUAGUGGAAUAAUUCUUGAAAACUCUAAAGCAAGUUUUGUGGAGAAAGACAAAGAUUCGCCCCUUGUUGAUGUCAGCAGACCUAUAAUAACUAUCGGAUCUCCCGCUGCAACUCGAAAUCAUUUGGAUAUUCCUCUAAAUGGAUCGAAUAAUAGAGGAAGUGAUGUUAAUACAUCUCAUAACUUAAAUGAUAUGACAAAUGAUAAACUAAAUAUUGGUCAAAAAUCCCUUCCUUCAAUAGGGAUUAUAAGUAGUUUAAUGUCAAGUGAUGUUACUGAACAAUCAAAGUACGCACAGAGCGCCCAUCAGAUCUUAUGUAAACAGGCGUCCCCAUCACAAACUCUUAAUAAAACACACAUAUUGGACACUAACAAAAGAAUCAAAAAAGAUGAAGCCUGCUCAUUGGAAAUCCAGGAAUUAUCAAACGGAUUAACGCAAGUCGUUGGUACUAAUAAAGUUUUGAAAAAGGAAUACUUAACUGACGACUCAAAUAAAAUUGGUACCGCUUAUGGAGAUGAGGUUGCAUAUUCGGGAGUACCUAUUUCAACAGUUUUAAGCGGGAAGAAUACAAAAACUGAAAAUACCCCUGUACAUGCACAAGUUAAAGCUGUGCUUUCUAAUGUAUCAGCAUCUAUGUCAUCAGUUAUUCCAACCGAUUUAGAACUACAAAAACAAAAAAAAUCAAAUAUAUCUGCAUGUGAUAAGCGUCACCAUCUGGGAAUAUGCGUAACGUCUCCAGAAUCAGAACAAGAUACCACCGUUGGAGUAUCUGUUGAAAAUGAAAAACAUACAAUACAAGAUGAAAAUGAUCCAAAAAAUUUAUUGAAUACAAACGAAUUGUCAAAUGGGCAGUUAUCAGGAUCGCAUCAUCCAAUUAUUUCUUGUGUACAAUCAACAACUAUUUCUGCGUGUCCAUUUCCCAUUCGCAAUAUAGCUUCAAGUUCUGGAGUGCCCACAUUAUCUUCUUCUUCAAAUAAUUCUUCUAACGGUCCCACAGCUCUUUCUUCAGUUGGAAUAACAAAAAACACAGAUCCUAAUAAAAACAGUUCUGUUUCAACAACAGUUUAUUCAAAUCCCAUACCGAAUGGGUUUUUAAGUGGUUAUUCUACGACCUCGGCGACGUCAGUAAUAACAAGCGCUUUGCCACGGUCUUCUCCUAAUCAAACUACUAAAUUGGUAUCAUCUACUUCUACACCAAUCAGCGUUGGCGGUUCCACUGGAACAUCAACAUCUAACGGAUCUUCAUUGCUUUUUUCAGGGACUCCAUCGAACACUUUAAAUGCUGGAUUACCAAUGCUUAUCCAUGGCCCUCAGUAUCGAGCUCCUUAUGCGAAUUAUCCUUUAUAUUCACCAUACAACAGCAUAAAUCAUGGACCGUACCUACCUCCUAUAGUGCCGGUUCCUCCUCCAAACUUACUGGCAUCACAAUUACGUAAUUUGGAAAAUCGACACAGUCGCGAAUCUCCGGCAACUACGAAAGUAACAUUAGCUUCCAAUAUUACAUUGCCGCAAUGUGUCUCAAUGGCAUCAAUACGUUCCGUUACCCCGCAAAAUAAUAAUGGAUCAAUAAGUAUCUGUGUAUCGCAACCUGGCUUGCUAACAGUGACUACUGCCGGAAGUUUUCAUUCAAUAAACUCGACAGCCCAUUCAUUGAAUCAUUCUCAUAUACCAAAUUCUAUUAAUGUGCCUGCAUUUGCGAAUGGAGCAUGUGGAGCUGCAGCUCCAAGGUCAUGUACCAUAACUUCCGGAUUGUCUUCUCUCUCAGUAACAGCACUUCCCGCUGUUUUAGCACAAACUCUACCUCCUCCACCUACUCAAAUAUUUUCGCAGACGGGGAACUUCUCAUCUAUACCCCAAAUUUUACCUACACAACCACAUCAGGUCACUCCAAUAUCUACUCAACACCAAACAAUAAUGCGAAAUGAAAAUUCUGUGGCUGCAUCAACUAAUACUGCCUCAAACAUUAGCUUAUCUAUACCCACUGUUCAAAGUUCAACGACUGCAAUAACUUCAUGCUCAUCAAGUGUAUCUGCGUCAUCAUUGUCACCAACAUCUGUGAUACAAAAGGUUAUUUCACCUAAAAGUGAUAUUGCCUGCAUCAAAGACGGGGAUUUAAGCUGCAGUACAAAUACCAGGGCGCAACACAAUGUAUCAACAUCAUUGUCCAUUGUUUCACAAACACUCAAUGUGGGUUCAACAUUUUGUGGAAACGCGUCAAGUCAAUAUGGUACUACUUCAACAUUGUCAUCAAGUUUGUCGGUACCGCCAUUGACAGGAUGUAUAACAAUGUCUUCUCCUAAAGCAGGACUUUGGUUAAAUUCUCCCGCUGUCACUACCAUAAUGUCAUCAUGUGGAUUGUCGGCACCAGUUGUAUCAAGUGGUUGUGCCAGACCUACCCCACCAUUGUUGAAUGUAUCUGCAUCAAAUAUAGCUAAAGUUUCUGGCAAUGCAACUAUGAUAAAUACUCACAUAACACAAGCUACAAAUAAUCAGUGCUUUCAGUCUACAUCAUACAUGACCGCACCUCCUGCCCAACAUACAUCUUCCUCAACGGAUGCAACUUCUUCGACGGUUGUCAGUUCCUUUUCUUUGGUAUCACGUACAUUAAGCACUAAUGUAUCAGUGACAGAUGUUUCAACAAACUCGACAGCAUCUUCUAUACAGCCAACUACAGCUACAGUAAUAUCAAACACAUCUGCAAAUACGCCCCACCCAUUCUCUGCUGAAUCUCUUUUUCAACCAAGCAAAAAUGAUCAAGCGGAUUUACUGCGGCGAGAACUUGACAGUAGGUUUUUAGAUCGAUCUGGUCUUGCUGUAACACCUACGCCUUCAACAGCCACAACAUACAUUCGACCUGAGCUUCAACAUCAUCAACACCAUCAUACGCAUCAUCAUCAGAAUCAACAAAUGUUUUCUUCCACAUCUCCGGCAACAAUAGCAACUGCACAAGUAACUCCAGGGCAACUGUUUCCCCCACCAUUAUUUAAAGACAUUUCAAAACUUACGACCGUCGAUCCUCAGUUUUAUCGAAAUGGUAUCGGUAUACCAACUGGAUAUCCAGGAUAUUCCCCAACCGGCAUUUUACAUAGUGGCGUAGGAGGAUCCACGCCGUUCGCCACUCCGAAUCAUUUGACUUCUUUUGCUUCAAGGAAAACUGGUCGUUGGAAUGCAAUGCAUGUUCGUAUAGCCUGGGAAAUUUACUAUCACCAAAAUAAACAAAGUUCUGAAAAAACUGGAUAUUCAGUAGCUUUGUCCAACCAUAGCCAAACUUCUAAUAUAAACGUAGCAGCAGUCAACGCUUCAAGUGGAGGAAGUGGACCCCCAUCAUUGAAUAAUGUACCUACUUCAGUGAUUGGAAACGGAGUGGCAAGUGGUCCUACUUCAACUUUAGGUAAUAAAGCAACUCCAUCUAUCAGUCUUAACGCAACAUCACCACAUCUCCAUCGCGGAAGUGAACUUCCAUCUGCGACUUUUACUAAUGCGUUACAAGGAAGAUUGUCUUUUGAAGCUUCACCACUGGCAACGAGUUUUAUUGGAGCACCUCCUAGUCAUAUUGGAACGACUGUGUCGCCGUUUGGACGUUAUGUUAAUCCCUUCGGAUUUCCGGGGCUCACGCAUUUUGGUGGUCAUAUAGAUGCAUGGAGAACCAAUAAUAUGCAACGGAACGUUGCAUAUCAUCCUUCAAUAUCAUCAGCUCCUACAAAUUGGUCCGGAAAACCUGAUUCUGGGGUUGACAGUGCGCGUCGUGAAGUGGAAGAGCGCGAGCGUGAACUUCGCGAACGUGAACAAAGAGAACGUGACCGACAACGACGAGAAAGGGAAGAACGUGAACGCAAAGAAAAAGAGGAAAAAUUAAAACGAGAGCAGCAAGAGAGGGAACGGGAACGUGAUCGUAAAGAACGUGAACGUGAAAGAAGAGAAAUUGAGCGUCGUGAAUUGGAACGUGAGCGGAUGUUGCAACAGCAAAGAAUUAACGAAAAUAAUAAGCAGUCAGUCACAGUUCAGGCAAUGGUUUCUGUAAAUGCCUCUGCGCGGGACCGCUCACCACUGCGUAAUGUUGGAGAUCUUAACCCAGAAGUUCGGAUAAAAGAGGAACAUCCUCGUACAAAAGAUGAGCAAGAAGUUAUGUUAAUGCGCGCUUCGGCAGCUGUUGCAGGAGACCCUCGAUAUCACUCAUCCUCAUUAGCCGUUGCUCAAGCAAAUGCGGCAGCUGCAGCGGCCCAUCAUCAUCAUGCUAAUAUUAUAGCUGCAAGUCGACAUGGUUUGCCCCCACCACCGCAUCUGGCACGUGCAAUGCUACCACCCACUUUAGGUGUUGGUGGACCUAUUACACAUUUUAGUGCUUCAGCUCCACCUGGAUGGGGUAUAGAUCCCUAUCGUGACCCAUAUCCCAUUCUUCGCUACAACCCAAUUAUGGAAGCUGCGCUACGCCAUGAAGCAGAAGAAAGACAAAAGGCAAUAAAUAUUUAUGCAGCUCAAUCUGCAUCUCAUUUACGAGUCAAGGAUCCUCCUCCUACAGUCAGUGCUCUAGGACCUACACCAUCCCAACACCGACUACAAACAUGUGUUGUUAGUUCAACUGGGGUCCCACAGUCAUCCCAAAUCCAACAGCAACUACCAUUAACACAACUGUCAGCAGGUAUUGUAGUCGGUAAAAACUCAGGUCCAGCGGUAUCAAUAGGCAUUCCAGUUCAGCAUAUGAUUGCUGUCGAUUCAUUAAGUCAUCAAACUGUUAGCACGAAGGAAACUGACCAUUCAAUGGGAAUUGUUGCAAGUGCUGCGACCGUUGGUCUUAGUACAGUUUCUGGCGGUGUAAUAGGUUUAUCUCCAGUGCCAUCAGUCGCCCCAAGUCGAUGAUAAGCAAAUAAUUUAUUUUAUGAGCGACCACGUUGGUACGUUGGAAUUUUAAAAAUUUCGACCACCUCCAAUUUACAUUUCAUCAUCCUUAUUACCUCGACCUAGUACCAUGUAAAGCCUGAAUAACACCAAUAAGCGUGACGCUUUUGUAAAAUAAAAACAAAAUUAUAUUAUAAUUUAUAAAAUUAACUUUUUGUGUUAAUAAUGAACUUAUAAUUAAAUAAAUAAAAUUUUUGAAAGAGGUGAAGACUCGAUAUAUUUUCAACCUUUGGGUUGACAUUUAUAAUUGUAAACUCAUUAAGAGGUUAUAUAUGUUUGGAUAUUUCUUAAAUGAAUUUUUAAUGGCUUAAGGGGGCAGGAUGGUUUGAGACUUCAACUUGCUGAGAUACCAAUUUUUUUGUUUUUUUCUAUCCAUAUACUUCCAAUUGCUUUUAAAACUUUAGACGCGUUUUUCUCAAAAAAACUUUUUCAAGUCGGUGCGUAACGUCACUCAAAAAGUAAUGCUCGAAUCUAAAUAAAAUUUUUCACACAUCUUUAAUACAAUAAAUACUUGCGGAUUAACGAACGCUUUUUUUUUGUAAAUUUUUUUUUACCAUUUUUACGGGCAAAAUAAUGGGCUAAUUUUUAUGUAAAAAUGGUACCUCCGACUUUACAACCGCACCAAAAAGUCAAAAUCGCAUAUUUUUCAAAAUGGUUUCGUUCAUCCGCACAAGAAACUAAUAUUUUAAGUAAAUCAAUUCAAUUUUUUUUUUUUCGAUAACACUGUAAGGCCAGACUUUACGCACCGCAAGAUAAUAAUUUUUUGAAGCGACUCCGCCCGUCACGGGAUAAAUAAUAAUUAUUUCUUAACAAAAAAAUUCCUAGAUACUCUCUACAUAUAGCCAUGUAUCGUGUAAAAAAAUGAAAUAAUUAUAUUCACUCAGAAAUGAAAAAAAAAAUCUCAAAAAUCUGUUUUUUUUUCAGUCUCAGAAACCAUCCUGCCCCCUUAAAAUAUAUUUAUAAUAUAUCUGGAUCAGUAGUCGGCAGAGCCCUAUGUCAGAAGCAUAGAUUUUUUUUCCGCAGCUCUGCCGCGCAUACAGAGCACCAAACUGUCGGUUUUUUUUUUAAAUACAAAUGCAUUUAAAUUAUAUCAAUGUAUUGUGUGCCGAUGACUUUUCUAGAUCAUUAACAAAAACCUUGCAAAAAUAUAUUUUUUAUUGAGCAUUAAAAAUAAAUUUAACUGUACAGUUCUGCCGGGAGUUAUUUAACAUAGUAAAAUUCCAAUUGUCAAAUUGUGCUUAGAACUAGAAAUUUACAACACAAAUGAUUUAAAACGAUUUUUUUUAUUUACAAAUUUAAAAUUUUAAAUUGUGUAUUAUUUUAUAAUAAUAUUUAAAAAAAAACUUUGUGAAAAAGCACAUCUAAUUUUUUGGUUUCAACAAAUAUAUGUAUGUUUGCGGCGAUCCAUCGAACUUCCACUGCUGUUGCGGAGCACUUGGCAUACAAAUUGUAUUCUAAUUACAGUUUUGAAAUCAUGAUUAUGAAUCAAAAGUGACAAUUUUGUUUAAUCCAUAAGGUGCGUCACUACGUUAGCGCCCCCCAAGAAUUUGAUGUGUCUAAUGUGCACACAAUAAAGCCAGCAAAAAAUAAGCUUAAAUAAAUUCUAUUUUUCAGUUUGGAAAGGCCAUGUAGCUUGUCUGUAUUUUUUUUUUUUACACAUCUCCAUGUUAUGACACAUCUGACCCAAUUGUGUUGAUGAAACUUUUUUUGCAUUUCCUGAAUUAAAUAUUUCGGUUUGCUCAAGUUUUAUUUUCUUUUCAUAAGAAAAUAUGACGCAAAGCGCCACUCCAGAACAUACAAAAUUAAUAAUCCGUCAAAGUUAGGGCGAAUCUCUUUUUUAUCUGAUUAAGAGCAAUAUCCCUCUUAAAUUUUGAAAAGCUCCUUUAAAUCCAUUUUCUUCGAUUUUUUUGUUGUAAAAAAAAUUUGAUUGAUGUCCCUGAAAAAUUAAGAAAGGUAACUAUUGGGCACUAUCUUGAUGAUGAAUUUUUUGCAUAUAAUUAAUUGUAUUAAUUUAGUUUUAAAUUAAAAAAAGGUGUAAAAGCUCCAUUCUAGCUAUCAUUUAUUAUAAAGAAUUUAUAAAAUUAAAUUGGAAAAAAUCUAUAAAGCUCUAGCUUGAAUGACCCAAUUCGGGAGGUACUAACUUGGAGACGUGAAGUGUAAAUAUACUGUAAUUGGGUUAAAUAACAAUAAAAAAUUUGAAUUUAAAACUUAUUUCACAGAAACAUUCUGAUGAACAACCAAACAAAUGUUCCUCCAAACAUAUAUAACCCCUUAAAUCUAUAUAAAUCUGGUCGCUCUUAACAGCACUUUAGUUAUUUUAAAUAAAAUUAUCUUUUAGUAUACAAAAUAAGUUUAGUUUAGAAAAUAAGGAUAUACAUAGUUAUAUUGAUUUGUAAAGUUAAAAUGUAAGUAUAGAAAAGAGACAAAUUUAAGGCGCAGGAAAUAUUUAUGACAUAAAUGUACAUAAAGUAUGACACAAAAUAUAAUUUUAAAAGUUCA